UUGUAGAAACCAGUGGGCUUCGGUGAACAUCUGUCUCGCAUGCGAGUCGCGCUCUGAUUGGACGCAUCCCCACCAAGAGGAUAUAGUGUCAGCUGUAUAAAUUGUUCGAAUGAUCGGCACAUGUCACGUGAAGAAGUAGAAGGAAUCACUUGUUUUCACAGAGGAACCAGUGACUGUUAAUAGUACACAAUGUCUGCAGCAGGAUUUCUACCGAACGAUUCUUCCUUUGCAACGAGAGCAAUUCAUGAUGGUCAAGAUCCGGAAAAAUGGUCCUCGCACUGCAUGAUACCGCCAAUAGUUAUGUCAACUACUUUCAAACAAUCAGAGCCAUGUGUAUUUAAGGGAUAUGACUAUAGUCGCAGUGGAAAUCCAACAAGGGAUGUUCUCGAAUCUUGCCUAGCCUCUCUAGAUGAUGCUAAGUAUGGCCUGGCAUAUGCUUCAGGACUUGGAGCAACUACUACUGUUAUUCAUCUCCUCAAUGCUGGUGAUCAUUUUGUUGCCAUGGAUGACUUGUAUGGAGGCACAGUUAGAUACUUCAACAAGAUUGUGAAGAGAAUGAACAUAAAUGUCACUUAUGUUGAUGGCUCUGACCAUAAUAAGAUAGAGGCAGCAAUAAGAGACAAUACAAAGUUAAUCUGGAUAGAAACUCCAACAAAUCCUUUACUGAAAGUGGCCGAUAUUAAGAAGAUAUGUGACAUUGCACACAAGAAAAACAUUCUAGUUGCUGUUGACAAUACAUUUUUGACUCCAUACUUUCAAAGACCAUUGAACUUGGGUGCAGACAUGGUUGUCUAUUCCUUGACCAAAUAUAUGAAUGGCCACUCGGAUAUAAUAAUGGGAGCAGUGACCACAAAUAAUCAAGAAGUGUAUGAGAACCUUAAAUUCUUGCAGAAAUCCAUGGGUAUUGUUCCUUCUCCAUUUGAUUGUUAUUUAGUGAACAGAAGUUUAAAAACUUUGCACAUAAGGAUGAAAGAACACAUGGCAAAUGGCCUGGCAGUUGGAAAAUUUUUAGAAAGCCAUCCUUUAGUUGAAAAGGUUAAUCACCCAGGCCUGCCAGCGCAUCCACAGUAUGAACUGACACUGCGACAGUGCCAUGGUCACAGUGGGAUGAUGUCAUUUUAUAUAAAAGGUGGCCUAAAAGAAGCUAAGCGUUUUCUGAGUGCUCUAAAAGUCAUCACUUUAGCAGAGAGUUUAGGUGGAUUUGAAAGCUUGGCUGAAAUUCCCUCCCUCAUGACACAUGCUUCUGUCCCACCAGAGCAGAGAGAGAAACUUGGAAUUACAGACAAUCUGAUACGUUUAUCAGUUGGCCUCGAGUCCUCAGAAGACCUAAUAAAAGAUUUAGAUCAAGCUCUUCAGGCCAGUGCAAAAUGAAGGGACCACUCCAUACGAUGUUUGUCAAAGUCAAUUUUUGUGAGAAAAAAAGUAACAAAAUAAAAAGUGCCAUAUUUUUAGUGGAUUCAUAUUAUUACAGAAACCAAAAUGCUAAAUUGUUAUUUCAUUUGGAGAAGAAAGCUCUGAUGAAGACAGUCAAUACAGAGCGAAUGAGAACACGGUGCUAAAACAAAGGAUCUGUAUUUGGAAGGGCAGGUGUUCUACUUUUGCCCUCCCCUUCCAAAUCUAGUCGUCCACAUUUAACUUUCCAAUGUAGUUCCUUCCAAAGGAAACGACCAGUUUCUCCACCAUUCUACCCCAAUACGAGCUUGUGCCCACUCUUCAUUAUCAUCCUGUUGUUAACAAGACAUUAAAAUCAGAUCAUCGUUCCUUACCAUAAACAAAAUUCAGCAGACAUCUAGUACAGGCAUCGCUCAUUGUGUGGAGAGAUCCCACCUUUAUGAUCCACUGCAUUCAUGUUUUACACUAUUACAGAAACGUGAUACUUGACUGGCUUGGUUGAGCGUUUCCAUCUUUGGCUUCCCAAUCAUUUGUUGAUUAGUCUAUUGCAGCAGUGUGAAUGUCAGAAAAAGCAAGGUAUUCUACAUUCAAAUAUGGGGAGUGUAUCGUAUUACAUUUAUGUUGCUACACAAACUACAAAAAAAUAUUAUACUGAAAUAAUCUCUUCUUACCAGAGCUGUACCAAAACUGAAUAAAAAAAAUAAAAAAUAAAAAACAA